AUGAUUUGGCCAAUGUUUUUGCUAACAAUCCUUGCGAUUUUUCAUGCUGUGGCUUCCGAAGAACCUAAAAAGUACGGUAACUUUUCUGAAAUUUGAAUUUUCUUAAUGAUUCUGGAAUUUUUCAGACAAGAAGCCGUGAAAGAUAUGGGUCUUCAAUUCAAACUGAAAUUGGAUGAAGGCUGGAGAGAAUAUCCAGAAUAUGCUGAAAGAUUUCCAGACGCGAACACAAUCAACGAGGAUUUCAUAGAUCGCUUCCUGUUUGCACAAAGUGUCAGACCGACGACUCCAAAAUCUGAAAAUCCUGAAAGAGAGAUUUAUUCUCCCAUGUGGUAG